ACGAGCAAGAGACGGAACGCACCUUUUAUUCACGACAGCCUCGGUCGAGCUCUCGCGAGCUCUCGAUCUCACGACCCGGGGCGCCUUUCACGAGGGCCGCCGCGAUCGAGCUCGAGCUGCGUGCGCUUUGUGAGUGCGCUCGAUUUGUCAAGGUGAGCGUAGCGAAGCGGGUCGUCGCGCCGGACGCCGCGCUAAUUCGUACUCGCGGCGUGAACGAGCUCCUCGACGGCGCGCGUGUGCCGAUCCAAGAAAGGAGCGAAGCGGAACGACGGGCGACGAGGACGACGACCACGACGACGACAAGGAGAAGGUGGUGGCGGAGGAGUACGCGCGGCCGUUGGUCCUGUGGCAAUGUAGCGAGCGUCGAAGACCGCUGGGUGUCCGGCGGGGGUGUUCGCGCGUCCCGUCCCCGGAUCAUCGUGGGGUGAGGACGUAGGAGCUCGUGCGAACGUGUUUCACUUAACGACCCGCGCCGGCUGCGGGGAACGAGCAAGUCGUGAAUAAGUAGCCCCAAUCGCGCGCACGAUGGCAUCGCAGAACCAGAGCGCUGUCAACGUCACCGCUUCGCCCGGCACCACGGCGGCGAACGGACCGCCAUCGUCGGGUGCACCGCCGCCGGGGUCCACCGCGAUCUCGGCCGCCAAGGCGCAGACCCUUCCGCAACCUCAGCAGCAGCAGCAGCAAGCGAAUAACAUUGAGCCGUUGGAUAAGAGUUCCUCCAAUACUCUGAAGCGCAAUCCAAAGAUGGAGUUGAGCAAAACUGAUUUGCUGAAGUUGCUGGGCUAUCUGGAGGGAGAGCUCCAAGCGAGAGACAUUGUGAUAGCGGCAUUAAAAUCAGAAAAAAUGAAGCAUCUUUUGAGUUCCCGGUAUCUCAGUGGAACUGCAGAUCCACACGCGGCGUUAGCUCGCGACGUUGCGAUAGUAGGCGGCGUCAGCGGGGUCGAAGGGAAUCAAAUUGAUCAAAAGGUCGCUAGUCUCGAGGCACUAGUGAGCAAGCAAAGAAUUGCGCAGUGUAGGAUGUCUAAGGUUCUCAGGGACGCUGAAAUUAGGCACAGAGCGGUAAUUAAAGAAUUAGAGGAAGAGAAGCGGAAACACGAGCACGAUACCGCCCAAGGCGACGACAUCACUUACGGUCUUGAAAAAGAGAGGACAAGAUUGAAGAAGGAAUUGGAGCUGGAGAAACAGGAAAAGAAGAAAUUAGAGCUCGAAUUGAAGAAGGUCAACGAUCAUCUGGAGGAGGAGAAAAAUCGACAAAAGCAGAUAGUGCUUUUACUUUUAGCGGAACGUAAAAAGAUUAUCAUGAAGUACAUCGAGGAGAGAAAACGAUCUGAGGAUUUAGCCCAAAUACUCAGCGAGGAGAAAGUUAGAAUAGACUCGAUGGCCGAGGGCCUCGAGGAAGAGAGCAAGAAGUCCCUGCAGAUGGAAGCGGAAUUGGAAAAGCAAUUAGCGCAAUUCGACAUGGAGAGGCAACAAUAUCGGCAGGCUCUUGUGAAGGAGGAGAAAAGAGCGAAGGACUUCGAGACGGAGUUAGAGAAAUUACGAGUCGAGAUGGACACGUGGAAAGAGUCGCAGGCUCGAGGUCCCGCGAGAGGAGUCGGCGUAACUCCACCGCCGCCACCCGCAAAACCAGCGAAUUUGGUCGCUAUGCCAACACUUAGGCCAGCUAGUGCUCCGCAAACAAUUAAAGGAGCAGUCUUGGGUACAGGGACACCUAUGGUUAGUAGUAAAGUUGUCCAACCCACUGCCACAGUGUCCAGUGUUCCUGUUAGUGGACCAACAACUGGAAUUGCUAGAUCAGUAACACCUGGGCAGGCACUACGUGGAGUUACGUACACACCGAAUUUAACAUCUGCGAGUGGGGAGUCUACAGCUACUCCGGACACGCAGGCCGUAGACAAGCGACCGGUCGUACCUGCUCCUGUUAAUACUGCGACGGCUAAGCUUAUAACGUCGUCGCAAGCCGCAGGGAAGCUCGGCUUUCACGUUGGCCCUGGCAGCCCCGCCGGUCAAGCAUCCACCGCCGCCGCCGCUGUCGCCGCCGCCGCCGGUAUACUGCCCGCGAAAAAGCCGCCGAUCUCGCGCGGCGUGCCGCCCCCGGUACCACCAAAUAAGCCAGUGGUACCGCCGAAAAAGGAGGCCGCUUACCUCAGGAGACCGGAACUGUCGCAAAGCACACAGCAGGAUAAUACCGUUAAGUUCGGUAAGCAGGCGCACGCUACGGCGGCGAGCGGAACCGCCGCACCCUCGCAGCAGCCGAGCGCCCAAACCCAAGCUGCCGAUGAAGAGGUCAGUAACACGACAGACUCGAGAUAAAUACUUAAGGCUUAGCCGAUGAAUGAUCGUUACGCACUCGUGUAGGAUAUAAGCACGCUCCGGUGAGAGAGACGCGCACACACACACACACAUGUACACAAAGAUACACGCGAUAUAAUACCGUACGUUCAGGUGUGUUCAAUCGGAGCAUCUGUGUGAAUGUGAUUUCAGACAAAGCCGCGUUGAUCUAGCGCGGAAAGAGCGAAAGAAAGAGAGAGCAAAAAAGCGUGAACGUAGAUGUAUGUGUACACACACACCGAGAU